AUGCGAGGUUUCAACAAAACCACAUUGGUCACGCAGUUCAUCCUGGUGGGUUUCUCCAGCCUGGCGGAGCUCCAGCUCCUGCUUUUUGUCAUCUUCUUCUUCCUGUACUUGACAAUUUUGGUGGCCAACGUAACCAUCAUGGCUGUUAUUCACCUCACCCGGACUCUGCACACCCCCAUGUAUGGCUUUCUAUUCAUACUGUCAUUUUCUGAGUCCUGCUACACCUUUGUCAUCAUCCCUCAGCUGCUGGUCCACCUGCUCUCAGACACCAAGACUAUCUCCUUCAUGGCCUGUGCCACCCAGCUUUUCUUCUUCCUUGGAUUUGCCUGCACCAACUGCUUUCUCAUCGCUGUGAUGGAAUAUGAUCGCUGUGUAGCAAUUUGUCACCCCCUGAGGUACACACUCAUCAUGAACAAAAGGCUAGAGUUGGGAUUGGUUUCUCUAUCAGGAGUUACAGGUUUUUUUAUUGCUCUGGUGGCCACCAACCUCAUCUGUGACAUGCCUUUUUGUGGCCCCAACAGAGUCAACGACUAUUUCUGUGACAUGGCACCUGUUAUCAAGUUAGCCUGCACUGACACCCAUGUGAAGGAGCUGGCUCUAUUCAGCCUCAGCAUCCUGGUAAUAAUGGUGCCUUUUCUCUUAAUUCUCAUAUCCUAUGGCUUCAUAGUUAACACCAUCCUGAAGAUCCCCUCAGCUGAGGGCAAGAGGAAGGCGUUUGCCACCUGUGCCUCACACCUCACUGUGGUCUUUGUCCACUAUGGCUGUGCCUCCAUCAUCUACCUUCGACCCAAGUCCAGGUUUGCCUCAGACAAGGAUCAGUUGGUGGCAGUGACCUACACAGUGGUUACUCCCCUCCUUAAUCCCCUUGUCUACAGUCUGAGGAAUCAGGAAGUGAAAAUCUCACUAAAAAGAGUUCUGGGAAACCUGUGGCAACUAAGAUGA